UACUAAAUAAAUCUGAAAUCUGGAUCUUUGUUUUUCCGGGUAGAGUGAAGCUGGUCCUUGAAAGUGAUUUUAAAAUCCUAUCGUUUGUACUCCUGUUUUCGCUGGUAAUGUACUUGGUCCUACAGAGUUGUCAGACUCGAGCAAGAUUUGGUGUUUAUAAGCAGUUUUUUCAGAUUGGUUUCAGUUGCUCCAGAACAGUCUUUAGAAAAUUGUCCACAUCCUUAUGUUUUCAUAGGGGAUUCUACUGGAACGAUCGGUACGAUAAUAAUGAGGAGAAGUUCGACAAAGUACUCAUAGCAAAUCGAGGUGAAAUCGCCUGCCGUAUAAUCCAGUCAUGUAAACGACUAGGGAUUCGCACUGUCGCUAUUCACAGCGAAGUGGAUUAUAUAUCUCGUUUUGUGUCCAUGGCGGACGAAGCAGUAUGUGUUGGUCCACCUCCAAGUGCCCAAUCUUAUCUAAAUAUGCCUGCUAUUUUAAACGCUGUAAAGUCGACGGGUGCCCAAGCAGUACACCCUGGUUAUGGCUUUUUGUCAGAAAACACUCUUUUUGCCGCGGAGUUAGAGAAAAUGAAUGUUGUCUUUCUUGGUCCUAAUUCUAGAGCUAUAAAAGCUAUGGGAGAUAAAAUUGAGAGCAAACGAAUUGCUAAUCAAGCUAAAGUUAAUUGUAUCCCAGGUUAUGAUGGAGAAGUGGAUGGUCCAGAUGAAGCUGCUAGGAUUGCUGCUGAAAUCGGUUAUCCUGUUAUGAUUAAAGCAUCUGCAGGUGGUGGAGGUAAAGGUAUGCGUAUAGCAUGGAAUGAAAAAGAGGCUCGCGAAGGUUAUCGACUUUCUAAAUCAGAAGCAAAAGCCAGUUUUGGAGAUGAUCGCAUGUUAAUUGAAAAAUUUAUAGACAAUCCAAGACAUAUUGAAAUACAGGUACUGUGUGACAGACAUGGAAAUGCAAUUUAUCUUAAUGAACGGGAAUGCUCUAUUCAAAGACGCAAUCAGAAAGUCAUUGAGGAAGCACCUAGCACAUUUUUGGACCCAGCUUCGCGUAAAGCAAUGGGUGAACAAGCUGUCUCGUUAGCCAAAGCAGUUGGUUAUGAUUCUGCAGGAACUGUUGAGUUUUUGGUUGAUUCCAAACGUAAUUUCUAUUUUCUUGAGAUGAACACUCGACUUCAAGUAGAGCAUCCAAUCACUGAGUGCAUAACUGGUGUUGAUGUUGUACAUCAAAUGCUUCGAGUUGGUAAAGGGCAUCCGUUAAUGCUAUCUCAGUCUGAUAUACCCGUGAAUGGAUGGGCUUUUGAGUGUCGUGUAUAUGCUGAAGAUCCAUACAAAGCGUUUGGUUUACCAUCGAUCGGGCGUUUACGUACUUACAGUGAACCUUUGCACAUACCUAAUGUCCGCUGUGAUAGUGGAAUCAAUGAAGGAUCGGAGAUCUCUAUAUACUAUGAUCCUAUGAUCUGUAAACUUGUUACAUAUGGACCAGAUCGUCAAACUGCCCUAAACACUAUGGCCAAAGCUUUGGACAGUUAUAUUAUUCGUGGUGUGACUCAUAAUAUUCCUUUGCUUCGUGAUAUUGUCACCGAAAAACGUUUUGUAUCUGGGAAUAUUUCGACAAAGUAUCUAUCUGAAGUGUAUCCUGAUGGAUUCAAAGGUUCAUUUUAUUCCAAACAUUUAGCGGUUGUUUUAUAAAGAUGUAAUCUCAUAUUGUCUUUUAGGUGGUUAUUAUAGUCUUGUUAAUGUUAAGAUUUCAAGUAUAUGUACCUCGAUAUCAUGUUAAGUACAUAUUUAGUUUGUGAAGAUCCCCUUUAUCACAAACAUCACAUACAGUAAUGUGUCUGGGAGCUGCCUACUGUUUUGAUCAGUACUCAAGUUAUUAAUAAAAUUUGACUGUUUAACACAGCGUUAACAAAUUUUUUGUUAUUCCUAAUCUCGAUGUAUAUUGACCAACUGUUUUUUACCUUCCCACUUUAAUAUUUCCUUAAUAUCGAAGAUUUAUGGAGAUUGUUCUCUUUGGAAAUAAUUUACACCAUAGGUUGAAUAUAGUGAGGGAAUUUCUAAAAUUCAUUAGAGAGCUGUUUCGUCAUACUAUGAGACUUUUAGAUAGUGUGCACCAGGGACCUAAACUGAGGCCUUCAAAUUUAGUGAGGAGUGCAAUAUCUUUAAGCCACUAAGUUUGGAUUCAGUGGUUCUCAUUUCCGACUUUAAUUGAUUUGCAAUAUUUCGCGAGGACGAUUCAUUGUCGCCAGUAAUGCCUGCCUAACACUUGACUUAACUGAAUCUUACCGGUUACAGUUUCCCAAAAGAACUUUCCUAUUUAGCUACACUUUCUUACUAAGUAGAAUUUUCACAUUCAUUCUCUGCCAAUGGAAUUUAUUAGAUCGUUUGAUUAUAUAUAGAAGAGAUAGAUUGUGACUAGUGGUGGAAUCUAAAACGCGUGACUCGUCAACUGGAUAUAUCUGCAUCCCAAUAUUAAUGUUCACUCUGGGUUUGGUCAUAAUUUGCUAUACGGAGACUCGUAACUGCGUAAUCUUGGUUGAUUAAUAUCUUGUGAAUCCCCUCAUUUCUAAUUAUAGAACUGUAUUUAAAGCUUAAAUAGUCGUUCAUGCUCCUUUUGUUAUGUAGGUUGUCAGUUUCUUAUAAUUAGAUUAAGCUUUUUUUAUCGAUGAUUGGUUAUCAGAUCUAUUUGUAGCUUUAAAUGAGGUAUUUCAAAUUAGAUAUUUUUGUGAAUCUUACUUUUGAUCUUUAGGCAAAGUACUUGAUCAAAAAGAACUAGAUACAUUAAUUUCUGUUUCUGCAUCUAUAUUUGCUAAAAAUGAUGCACGCAUUCGAAACUGUUCUGGGUAAGUUGUCGCACAAUAAGAUUUUAUUCUAUAAUCAAAAGGAUUAAUUCAUUAUUUAAUUCUGGAUAGAUAGAUACUAGCUUGACACAAUAAUACGAAUUUUGUUAGUGCAUGUUAAUUUGAUUUCUAGUUUACUUCACGGACUGACUUCAGAUAGACAACUGUUAAGAACCUUAGAAGUACUGGAUAUUUGUUCUGUCCCAGGUAUGGGGUUCCUCAGUAGUGUAGAUCCACGACCACAUAAGGAGUCGAACACAGAAUGUUCAAAAUUUGUGUUUUUAACCUUUAAAAAUUUCUAACAUCAUUCCAUUCUCAAUGUUGUGCAGAAACUUAUGUAGAUAUUUUUCUGUUUUUUCUUGUCACUUGAAGGACAGAUGAACAUUUAUAUCACACUAAUUAGACUUACGCCACCGUGUAUCAGUUUAAGAAGAAAGUGUUAUGAUCAGUGGAACAAAUGGUUUUCUUAAAUGAUGUUUAUUAAAUUCAGCAAUUAUUGUAGACAUUCUUGUAAAGGUAUUGAGUGAUGCUUCUGACUUCGGGACUUGAUUUAUCAUCGAAAUAUUCUUUAUAUGAGUAUACAAAUGAGAUCUAUCUUAUAACAAUAAAAAUUCAGUUUACCCAGAAUUCGAAGCUAAAAUUUAUAAACGUUGAAAAAUUUUCCUGUAAGUUAGGUCGUAUAGGGUUUUUUACAUCGUUGCUUAAUUUUAGUAUUAACAAUAAAUCAAGUUUGUAGAAACCUUGUUGUUGUUGUCAGAAUGUGAGAUUAUCUCCAAUGUUACGUAAAAAUCAGGUACGAUUGAUUUUCGAAAUUGAUAAUACGUUAGACUUCCCGUAUCAACUAACAUUGAACAGAAAUUUCAUGCUCAAUCUCCGAGAAUCGAAUACAUUUUGCUAUCUUUCUAACUUUUUUACAAGAUUUAAUGUUCUUUGAAAAAAUGUCAAACCAGUAAGUAUUUUAUCGAAUGGUAAAUGUUUGGUUGUGCGUUGUAUGCCACAUCAGUUAAUUUAGAAUUUUCUUACAAAUAUUCAUAAAUUUCGCUAUUAGACGUCUGAUUUUCAAUUUUUCUAUCUCUCCGCAAUGAACUAGGGAGUCACAAUGGGAUUUAGUUGCAUCUGUCCAUGAAAAUAGUGCUAAUAGCGAUCCUAAAAGUCGUUCGUAUAUUCGCUGCAUUGUAACACGUGACUGCUCAGGUUUUCAAGUUCGCAUGUCAUCGUGGGAACCUCCCAAGCAUAUUAACCAACAGGACGUAAAUGCUACUUCUCAAUCCUCCAAGUCGCAAGAAACAGUUGUUAGAGUAGCUGAUAAUUUUAAAUUGUCUGAUAAAAUUAUAAACCAUUCAUAUGACGGCAAUGAAGCAAGUUGAUAAGUUUGCUUUUCUCUUAAUUCAUGUACAACAUUUUUCUUUACUUGUAUUGCAACAACUUAUCAAUUACUAUAUAUAUCUCUGAAUAUUCUUAGCAAGAAUUUUGAAUUGUACAUCAAAAUUAUUAAUAUAGUCUUCAAGAACUUUCGUCUAAAUUUGAACGAAUAAUUUCACAGUAUUUGGACACCGAGUUAAUGUAAAACAUUCAGGAGGGAGAAUACAUCUGUAAAAUCUCAACGAUUGAAUUUUAAGUAAACCUAAUGUUUCGCUCGGCAAUCCAGUUCAAGCUCUUUCCAGGAAAUAUAACCAGACAUCAAAAUUAUCGAAUAUAAAUAGGUUCAUGGUUCUCCGGUUAACUGUAUACUAAAUAGGUCAGUUAGUCAUGUUAACAAUGUUUGAACUAAAUAUUUACUGUAGUGCGUAUGAGACAUGUGGUGUUUUACAAAAAGCGUGUUAAGAUAACAGAUUAUGAGUAUUCUUAAGUGGAUCUGAGGUGUGAGAAGAAAUUUAAUUGACAGUUUAUCGCUUCUGAUCGGUGGAUUUUCAAAGAAAACAUACAAAUUUAUAUAUGAUAUGAGCCAAACAUGUCAUAGCAUGUAUAAAAUGAAGAUAAAUAAACAAAGUAAAAAUGUUUGUUCAUUUUUGUAUUGCUUGUUUGAAUCUUCUCAUUGAUGUUUAGGACUUCAAUUGAUCAGUCUCUUAUUAGCAUAUGGGUAUCCCGUCCGGAUUGCCUCAAUAUUGCCUUAAGUUACAAGCAUUAUAAACAAAGAUGGAUGGUGGUUAACAGUGGAAUCCAGAACGUGCAUUCCGUCCUAUUUGGGACUCGUCAGCUGGAUGUACCCUUAUCCUAGAUUUGAUGUUCACUCCGGGACUAGAACCCAGUACUUUUCGCUUCAAGCGUUAUGGCGUAACAUCUUUGAUAGUAGGGUUAAGUCCCUGACGGAACAUAAGUUUUUUAGACUGCUAAGGUCCGUUGAUGUCGAGUGUCAGAUAACACGAAAUGUAGUUUCAAUACUUCAUUCUGAUUCCCUACAGUCAUCUUAAGGUAGGAUAAUAUUUACCACAAAUGUUUGCAUAUACAUAGGUCUACUGUGCUUUGAAAUAUCUUGUGAAAUUAUUUGGUGAGCAGGAAGAAAGGCGAAAUCUUACAAGGAAAUUUACGCUUUCUUGUUUUUGUUGAAAAUCCCGGUGAAUGAGCCGUUUGUUUCGGUCCCUUCAAAACAAUUUUCUAUGGUUGCCUGGUUGACUUCAUUAUGAGAGACUUGCAAAGAUUAUCAUUUAGAGUUUAUAUACUGCGUACUUGAUAUCAUAAUAAUUCUCUUCAAGUAACCAUUCAUUCUUUUUUUAUUAAUGGUGUUUUUUGCGACAACUAUUCCAAUAAAGUUUGACUUGUAUGAUUGCAAUUGUUCAAAGUUAAAGUUUUGAGUAUUUUUUCCUUACCACCACACAAGCCUCAGCACCCAUUGAUAGACUAGUAAUAAUAAUACUAAGUUCGCGUAACCUAUAUUUGAGCGUCAACGUGAUGAUUAUGGUCAUCUUCCACAUCGAAGUUGAAGGUUUUAAUUGAUUUAGGUUGUUUCUUAAUUGUCUUGUAUAUGUACGUAGGUUUUCAAAAAUUUUAUUGUUUUAAGCAAGUUUGAUUAUGUAUUAAUGAGAAGAAUUCUUUACUACGUAAUGGGUUGAACAUCCUUUUUUAGUAAAAUAACUUCUCCAACUUAAGCAUAUAUAUUAGAGUUUGAACUCAUAAUUACGUGGUUAAAAUUCAAACGGGUUAACUGAUUGGGCACUGCAUGUACUUAAAAAAUUCUUCAGAAUUGUUCAUAGCUGCUUGAAUUUAUAAUAAAAUAUUCUAUUCAUAAGAGUCUCAUCCUUCUUUUGUUUGCAAAAUUAUUUCCUAAUAAUUUAUUUAGGUGACUUUGCAGUUACUCGACAAAAGUAUCAAUACUGUUUGUUUACAAUAUCUUGGUACUGCAUUUCCCAUAGAAAUUAUGAACACAACGGCAGCAUGGUUUCGUGCCGCUUAUAUGCCUCCCCCCCGUGUUAUCGACUAUGGUUCAAUUUGUAUUGCUCCUAUGCCUGGCUUGGUUCGUUCCGUUGCAGUUAAGUUAGGUGAUCGAGUGAGCGAAGGUCAAGAACUAUGUGUAUUAGAAGCCAUGAAGAUGCAGAACAGCAUGACAGCAUCGAGAUCGGGAGUUAUUAAAAAAGUAAAUUUCAAAGCUGGUGAUUCUGUCGGUGAAGGUGAUAUUUUAAUUGAGUUAGAAAAAGAAUAAACUGAUCAAUAUUUAUGAAACAUUUCUACAAUAGCUUGAAUAAUUUUUUUUCUCUCUUCAUUUAUUAUAUUAACCAUUAUUUAUGGUAUAUUCAUUUUGAUUUCAUUCUAUAUUUGUUUUGCAUAUAUAUUUGUUUCAUUGUUUAUUUAUAUAUUCUCCUGUUGUGAGUUUUUUUGUUUGUUCUGCUUAUCAACUAUUGUCCGUUACCAUUAUUGAUUAUGUUUCUUGAG